ACACCGUUUCAGUCGUGUAGCAUGACUUUAGAUCAGAAAUGGAACUUAAAAUGUGCGUCAAUUGGCAUAAUAGUUAAAAAGUUUCAUUCAAAAUCAGAAAAAUAAUAAAAAAUAUUUUAUUAUGACCAUUUUAUCUGAGAAGACAUUUUAUCUUGAAUCAGCUUCGCAUCGAAGGCAAUAAUUAAUUAAAGACUAUGUCUAAUACAAAAAGGCUUUUAUUUUUAUUGUUGUUUGCAGAUAAAAAUGAGACGUUUUUGUUUUUUAUUAUCAUUCGUUGUGGUAAAUGUUUUAGCAGUUAUAGAUUUUGAUAAAUUAUAUGGUGAACUUGUAGAGCAGGCUCAAUUAACAAAUAGACAAAUCCGGAGGGUGUCAUGUCGUGAUGUGCGUUUGAUACCGGUAAUUAGAAAAUUUGUUCUUGCAGAUAAAUCGAUGAGUGAUUUGGCGUUAAUGUUUGUUGGACCAUUUUCAGGUGUAUUAUCUCAACCAAAUCACGACGAUGAAAUACUGCAACAUGCCAUAGAUUCCGAAAUCGAAUUACAAACAGCUAUAACAACCCGGUUAGGUGUCCCUGUUCCUGACCAAAAUAGACCUAUAGGUCGAAUAUGUACUGCAAUGAGAAAUCGAUGUCGUCCACGUGAACCGCAGAAUUCGGAGGAUAUUCCAUUUGUGGAUCUGAAACUUCAAGAAGAGAGAACAAAGCUAUUCCGUGAUGCUACAAAACUAUUUAUCAGUUCUGCAUUAAGACCAGCCCACGAAGACUACAGAAAUUAUAACCUGAUGUGUCGAUUAAAAGGUGUAUACAGAAGUAUAUUAGGCCCAAUAGGUACUUAUGUAAUGUCAGCUGAAGUUGUUGAUGAUGAGUGUCGUCUAACUGAUAGUCUCGGAAAAACAACCACUGUCAUUUGCAUUGGGGAUGACACUGGAGAUGACUAUUUAACAAAAAAUCAUUAAUAUAGUAAAAAGUAUUCACUUGCUCAUUAAAACAUAUACAGUACUAUUGUUAUUAUAUUUGAAUAAUUAUUCCAAACCAUAUUUGUAUAAAAAUUAUCAAAUUUAAUAUAUCUUUCAAUAAACCGUUUUACUAAUGUUUAUAAA